CCGACUACUCGAGCAUGUCAGACAACGAAGAAGACUACGACAUUGCCCGCUCGUUGACCGUCAACCUCGAAGACAGUGACUCUGACUCGGGCUCUGACUUCAGUGACGAGGAGCAAGAAGUCCAGGACAUAAUUUCGAGCGAAGAUGAAGCUGAAGAACAGCCCAAGAAGAAACAAAAGACAGCCAAACCAGCCAAAGAGGCUUUCCCAUCUCUAGAGCUCUCAGGUGAUGAAGACGAACAGGACGAUGACAAGGAUAUGGCGUCAUAUUUUGCUGCCAACAAUCCUCAGGCCAAGAAGGCUAAGGCUGGUUCUUUUCAAUCGUUUGGUCUUUCCAAAUUGGUACUCACCAAUAUUGCUAAAAAGGGCUAUAGACAGCCAACACCUAUCCAGAGAAAAACCAUUCCACUCAUAAUGGCCAACCGUGAUGUGGUCGGUAUGGCCAGAACCGGUUCUGGAAAGACUGCUGCAUUCACAUUGCCAGUAAUUGAAAAAUUAAAGGGCCACAGUGCUAGAGUAGGUAUCAGAGCCAUUAUCUUGUCACCUCUGAGAGAAUUGGCUUUACAGACAUAUAAGCAAGUCAAGGAGUUCAGUAAGGGCUCAGAUUUGCGUGCUAUCGUAUUGACUGGUGGUGACUCUUUGGAGGAUCAGUUCUCCAGCAUGGUUUCCAACCCGGAUAUUGUCAUUGCUACCCCAGGUAGAUUUUUGCAUUUGCAGGUAGAAAUGCAGUUGGAUUUGAAAACUGUAGAGUAUAUAGUGUUUGACGAAGCCGAUCAUUUGUUCGAACAGGGUUUUGCAGAGCAGUUGAAUGAGUUGUUGGCUGUUUUGCCUCCACAAAGGCAGUCUUUGUUGUUUAGUGCUACUUUGCCACGUUCGUUGGUGGAUUUCGCAAAGGCUGGUUUGUCCAAUCCUGUGUUGGUCAGAUUGGAUGCUGACUCCAAGAUCUCUGACCAAUUGCAAAUGGCCUUCUUCACCACCAAGAAGAAUGAAAGAGAAGCCAAUUUGUUGUACGUCUUGCAAGAAGUCAUCAAGAUGCCAUUAGGAACAGCAGAACAAAUCAAGAAGUUAAGACUCAUGGAUAAAAGAGUCAACGACGAGGCAGAAGAAGAGGAGUUGGAAAAUGAAUCGGGUUCGAAAAGAAAGUACAAAUUCAAGAAGGAAAGGUUACCAUCUGCUAACGUUUUGCCCUCUCCGCAUUCCACCAUUGUUUUCGUUCCUACUAAGCACCACGUAGAAUACAUCACAACCUUACUCCGUGACGCUGGGUAUUUGGUUUCGUACAUCUACGGUACAUUAGACCAGCAUGCUAGAAAGAACCAGUUAUACCAAUUCAGAUUAGGCAUGACUACCGUCUUGGUUGUCACAGAUGUGGCUGCUCGUGGUAUUGAUAUUCCUGUCUUGGCUAACGUUGUCAACUACACGUUACCAGGCUCGUCUAAAAUCUUCAUUCAUCGUGUAGGUAGAACUGCGAGAGCAGGUAACAAGGGUUGGGCGUACUCUAUUGUUAACGAAAAGGAGUUGCCAUAUCUUCUUGACUUGGAAUUGUUUUUGGGAAAGAAAAUCCUCUUAACAGCAAUGCAAGAACAGAAGUGUCAACUCUUGAAAGACAAGCAGGGAGACAAUUACGUCGAGCCAAAAGUCCAGUAUACCGACCGUUUGGUACUUGGUUCUUGUCCAAGAUUGUCUUUGGAAACUUUUGAAGAACUUUAUGAAAACUUGUUACGUAACCACUAUGAGCUCUCUGUCAUUAAGGAAGUUGCUGCCAAGGGUGAGAAGUUGUAUUACCGUACCAGGAAGGCUGCUUCUACCGAAUCGGUCAAGCGUGCAAAGGAAAUCAUGGACACAGGAACCUGGGACGAUCAGCAUCUACUUUUUGGUCCAAACUUGGAAAAGGAAAAGGAAAAGUUCUUGGCCAAGUUAGCCAACAGACAUGUCAAGGAGACAGUCUUUGAAUUUAACAAAAAGGGUAACGAUCGUGACGAAGACAGUCUUGUCAGUUUCAUGCAUAGGAGAAGAAAGCAACUUGCUCCCAUCCAGCGUCGUGCAAGUGAAAGAAGAGACUUGUUGCAACGUGAAAGAGAAGCUGGUUUGACCCAUGGUAUCGAAGAUGAGAUCUUGAAGGCUCAUGGGGAGACUGGAUACUCUGCUUCCGGUAUUAACGAUGUAGACGAAGAGGAAUUACAAAAUGCUUUUGAGGACGCUGAUCAGUUAUCGUCCAAGUCGAACAAGAAGAACUACCGUGACGAUAGGUUCUUCAUUAGUCACUACGCACCAGCUUCGGUAAUUCAAGAUCAGCAGUUAAAUAUCACCUCGUCGUUUGCUAACGAGGCUGCGUCUGCUACAUUCGACUUGGACAACGAUGACAAGAUCGGAAAUGGCAAACAAGUCAUGCAAUGGGACAGAAAGAAGGGUAAGUACAUCAACUCCCAGUCCACAGACAAGAAAUUCAUCAUUGGUGAGAGUGGUGCCAAAAUUCCAGCCACCUACAGAUCUGGAAAGUUCGACGAGUGGAAGAAGAAACGUAACAUGCAACCUGCCAAGGUGGGAUCACUUGAAACUGAAGGUGAAAGCAAGCAGCGUUUCAAGCAUAAACGUAAUGCUGCUCCAAAGUUGCCUGACAAAUACAGAGAUGACUACCACAAGCAAAAGAAGAAGGUUGAAAAGGCUGUGGAAUCGGGCCGUGACGUUAAGGGCUACCAUAAACCGGGUCAAAGACUGGAAAUCAAGUCUACUGAAGAUAUUAGAAAGGCUAGAUUGUUGAAAGAAAAGAAAAUGGCCAAGAAUGCCCGUCCUAGUAGGAAGCGCAAAUAGAUAUAGUUAACUUAUAGAAUCUGUACAUUAAUAAUAGUCUACUAGAAAUUGUAUUACGCUAUGGG